AUGGAACGUCUGGAGUCCAUCCAUUCUAAAUUCCGAUUACCCCGAAGCGUCCAAGCCCUACAUUUCCAGCCUCUCAAACGAACCGCUAAAUACGGUCUUCCAGUCUGCAAUCUUCAGCUCCGCGCCUACAGCUCCCGACAAGUAGAUCUUUUUUCCGAUUUUGCGCUCCGUGCCGCAUACUUUCUAAACCUUCCGGCGACGGGGCCCGUACCACUCCCACGUAUCGUUGAAAGAUGGACUGUAUUGCGAGGCCCUUUCAUUCACAGCAAAAAACCAGAGAAUUUCGAACGAAUUACACUGAGGCGGCUCAUCCAGAUCAAGGAUGGACACGUGGAUGGUGUGCAAGCCUGGUUGGCCUUUUUGAGAAAAAACUCGUUUUACGGUGUGGGUAUGAAGGCAAAUGUCUGGGAGUAUGCUAGUCUAGACGUGGGCAAAGAGAUGGAGAAAACCGGCGAAGAGGUCCUCAAGGCCCUUGGUUCACAAUUGGCCAAUUUUGGUGCGAGGAAAGGCUCUAGCUUUCCCGAUUCCAUUCAAGAUAUUCUUGAUAAAGAAAAGUUUACUCGCAAUCACGCGCCUCUUUCAGAAGUUCGAAAAUUUGGCCCUAGUCCUCAAAGCAUGAGGCUACCUGAAGGACCGAAAAGGUCUCGAAGAGGUAAAAGCGAUUAA